UCUCAGACGCUACCCAACGCCGGUACGGUGUGGUGUGAUCGUUGAAGCUGCAGAGCGUGACGACGAGCAGCGUCUGCGGUAGAGAGAUUCGUUCUAAGGAGUCGGAUUCGAUCAGGUCUGCAGCGAAAAAUUCGCGGGGUUGUUACGGAGCUGGGUGGAGAGAGAGAGAGAGAGAGAGAAGGUAGAGACGGCGGGUAGAUUAGGAGGCGCGGUAAAUUUGAAAACGGUUACGAAAGAACGACCAGUAAACAGGAAAAUACGUCAACCAUGAACCGUUGUCGCUGAAAAGUUUCGACUGACGGUUCGAAAUCAUCGCGCGGGUUUCCAUCGACGGUUUUUCGUACUGCUGUCGCGGUAAUAGAUAUAAAAAAAAUAAAAAAGAAACAGAAAUAACACCUUUGACCAGGCUGUCGAACCGUUCGCUGUUCGGCGAUCGGUAAUUCGCCCUUUCGAGAUGACCACCAACGGCAGUGUUUUACUCAGGAGUGCUCUUCUCGCAGUGCUACUCGCCGCUUCCUUCGCUUCGGCAUCCUUCGACGAGAACGAUGAUCUGGUCUUCGAUGCUGCCGACCGUGCUGAACUUCCUAUGAUCCAGAAGCACUACCAGCCCUCUAUCAUACACAGAAUAAAAAAAAGCGUGUUUGACUUCUUCCGCGGCUCUCAAGAAGAAUCGGUUGAAGAGGAUAAGCAGAGCUAUGAAGUCAAUUCGCUGUUUGACAAUUCUGAAAGGAACGAGCGAUUCAAGCGAUCGGUACGAAGAACGCCUCGUCAAAACAACAUUGACCAAAAUGAGUUUUCGGAUAACGGCGGGGACGAUGACGAGGACUAUGGAGAAUCCGGAAGCGGUGACACGAUCACCAACGACAUUACCGAGAGUAUACCAGCUCCUAAACCAGAUUCAGUAACAGAAUCAAAACCAAUUGGCGGCACAUAUUACUACCGAGUUAUCGUAAAAAUCACAGAACCUUUCAAGUCGGAGUUCGCUGAUCGACGAACACCCGAAUUCAAGAAUCUCAGCGAACAGCUGAUUGUCGAAAUCAACCGGUUGUACAAACGAUCUUUACCCGAUUACGAUACCGAUACCGCCAUCCUCAAAUUCUCGAAAACUUCCGACCGCUUCACGACGCAGGUCACCCUCGACAUCGUGUCGAACGACUCGAACGAGGAUCAGGUCCGCUCGGUCUUCGAAAAACAGGUCAAUCUCCAUUCUCUUGGCGCCAUAGUGCUCGAUCCAGAGGAUUUCAGCUUUAGAAACAUGCAAUCCUCAAACCAAGGUGAAUUGCAAUGCGACUAUGAGGUGGAAAUACAGUGCAGAAUGACCGGCGAAUGCGUACCUAUCGACUCGAGAUGCGACGGUACUUCACAGUGCGCAGACGGAUCUGACGAGGAGAACUGUAACCCUCCUGAAGCCACAACCUCCACGCCAACCACUAAAGACAGGAACAUCGAGCCAUCGAUAUCAAGAACGGUGGAAAAUUCCGGAAUUUCAGUUGAUGAGAAAGAAGCUGAUAAUCGCAUAGAUGGGCCGGGGUCCACCUUAGAUAGAGACGGAGCCGUGAUUGAUCUGGAAGAAGAAGAGGCUCGGCUGGGUCUGAAUGUACCUGGGCUGCUAACUCCCUCACCUCCGACAUACCCGGGUAUCGUGUGUCGAGGCGACGAUACCUUCCGCUGCAGAGAUGGCAAGGGAUGCCUUGCCGGUGCACAGCGAUGCGAUGGAAAUCCAGAUUGCACCGACAACAGCGAUGAAGAAGGCUGUCCUCCGAGAGUUCCAAAUCUACCAAGAGUAGGCGGAGAGCUAUUGCCCGAGGAUCCAUAUCAACAUUAUGAUCAGAAUGAAGAUGAGCUAUUCAAAAAUUUAUUCCCGACCCAAUCAACCUCAGCAGAAGAACGUCGGAACGACCCAUGGACAGUCCAAGUGCGCGAACCAACCUCCGGAGGAGAGGGUGAAAGCCAAACCCGAUUCACCUUAACACCCAACACAGACAUAGAGGAAGGUAAUGACGUAGAGUUGUUCGAACCUCAGCCUCAGCCCGUACCGACAACAGGCGUCGCAGUAGAUGAAAACCCAACGACCCCAGCAGCUAGGCCGGGCACAGAAGAAGGUGGCGAAGAUGAGACGCGGUUAUCACAACCUUCGCCUAUCCCGGAAUGGGUUCAAUGCCGAGGUGACGACUCGUUCCGUUGCAAAGAUGGCAGGAAAUGCAUCGCCCGAUCACAGAUGUGCGAUGGCAGACCGGACUGCGAUGACUAUAGUGACGAAGAGAAUUGUUCGAACGAAGCCUGCGGCAUCGACGAGUUCGUCUGCGACCUUUCGAGGUGCAUCAGCACAUCUCAGCGGUGUGAUUUCAACAGAGACUGCGAGGACGGCAGCGACGAGAACAACUGUCCUGAGCCACCACCUUGUUCUGACGGCGAAUACAAAUGCAGAAACGGACAGUGCAUCGGGAAGGAGCUGCUGUGCGACGGAACACCGGACUGUCGAGACAGAUCCGACGAACUCACCUGCCAAGAACGGCCCAGUCUCGACGAUCUGGACUAUGAUUUUACGAUCGGAGAGGAGUUAGAUAAAAGCUUUGGGAACGCGAUUGGCGUUGGGAGUCCGUCGAUCGUGACGGCCGAGGGCGAAUGCCCGAUCGACAAUUGGCCCUGCAGAACUGGCAAACAGUGCAUUCCUGCAUGGCAAAGAUGCGACAACGAACCCGACUGCGACGACUUGUCCGACGAGGACAGCUGUGGAACGGCCUGCGAUCCUCAGUCGGAAUGGACUUGUAAUAACAACCAGUGUAUUUUGAUAAGCCAGAAGUGCGACGGAGUCGCCGACUGUCAAGAUCGGUCCGAUGAGCAAAUCUGUCCAUGCAGCGAGGCCCAGUUUAGGUGCAAUAAUGGAUACUGUGUACCGAAAAUACGACGAUGCGACGGCUUCAACGAUUGCCAAGACAGAUCCGACGAGAUGAACUGUACACCACCUGCACAACGAUGCAGGCCUGACGAAUUUGAGUGUCUCAGUGGAGAAUGUAUCAUUGAUACUCAGGUCUGUGACCUUGUCCUCGAUUGUGCCGAUGGUUCUGACGAAGCCAACUGUGGAUCCGAGGGUCAAGUGUGCAGUUCAGAAGAGUUCCGAUGCAACGAUGGAACCUGCUUGAGUUUAAAUGCGCGUUGUAAUUCUAUCAUAGAAUGUUCUACUGGCGAAGAUGAGGAACAAUGCGGUUGUGCCGCCACGGAGUUUCGCUGUUCGGACGGUACUUGCAUCGCUUACGACUUGCACUGCAACGGAUACAAGGACUGCCCGGAUAACUCCGACGAAGACUGCGGUUGGGCUGACUGUCCCUCGAUGGAUUUCACCUGCGGAGAUGGCUCUUGUGUCCCGAAAAGCUCGGUUUGCAACGGCAUCGACGACUGCCCGCGGGCCGAAGACGAGCUUCACUGCGUGAGACCAUGCACCGAUUCGGAGUUCAGAUGCGUCAAGGAUGGUAAAUGCAUCAGCGCUGCGUACAGGUGCGAUUCGACUAACGACUGCUCAGACCGCAGCGACGAGGAGGGCUGCCCCCUGAAGAGCGAAAACGGGACUGGAAUCGGGACCGGAAAUCGUCCCGGAAGUGGAGGGUUGGACCGAACUACAGAGAGGAACUUCGUCCCUGAGGGCGAAACCGAAACGACUAAUAUCGGAGUACGAGAAUGCGACCCGAAGACCGAAUUUCGCUGUAAGAAUGGCCAGUGCAUCUUAGCUCGUAGGGAGUGCGAUGAUCUUCCUGACUGCUACGAUGGCUCAGAUGAAUAUAACUGCGUGCGCAAAGGGAUCUGCUCACUGGACCAAUGGAAGUGUGGAAGCUCGGAAUGCAUACCGGAGAACGGAAGGUGCGACGGUGUUACCCAGUGCGUCGAUGGCUCCGAUGAGCUGGACUGCGUAUACGACUGUCCGGCGGGAACGUUCAAAUGCGACAACGGCGUAUGUCUGGAUGGGACUAAGUUUUGCGACGGCGAACCGGAUUGUCCCGACGGAUCCGACGAGAGGAACUGCCCCUGCCCUGCCGGCAAGUGGCCGUGUGCAAACGGAAACUGCAUUUAUCAGAAAUUCCGAUGCGACGGGCACACGGACUGUCACGACGGAAGUGACGAGAUUAACUGCCAGGACACUUUGAGACCGACUCGACCACCGAGUCCACCUUCUUGUACGCAAGAUGAAUUCCAGUGCGGCAGUGGAGAGUGCGUUCCGAGAACCGCCUUCUGUGACAGCGUUACCGACUGCGGGGACGCCAGCGACGAACUUAACUGUCCGACACAGGGUUGCAGCCGGGGCGAAUUCCAGUGCAGAAAUCGCGCCUGCGUGAGCGAAGGAUCGAGAUGUAACGGAUACGACGACUGUGGCGACAAUUCCGACGAGGAAAACUGCGCUCCUUUCGAGAAGAGUUGCUCGGAAAGCGAAUGGCGGUGCGAAAAUGGUCCCUGCAUCUCGAUCAACCAGCGGUGCGACGGAUGGCCCGACUGUCCGCUGGACAACUCGGACGAGCUUGAUUGCAACCAGACGGCCUGUCAGCCUUGGCAGUGGCGGUGCGAAAACGGGCCCUGCAUCGCCCUGAGUCAACGGUGCAACGGACGACGCGACUGUCCGCUGGACAACUCGGACGAGUUAGACUGCCCCCGACCCACUUACCCUCCCUUCCCGCAAGAGUCGCUGAAACUCGUGGUACGCCCGGUGGACCAAGUGAUCAAAGAAAAACCGCCACCUGAAGGUCAAGAAGUCGUCAUUCGAUGUCGAGACGAAAGUCCACGUCGAGCCCAGGUCCGCUGGGUCCGCAAGGACGGCACUCCGCUGCCACCUGGAAGCACUGUUAAGUCCGGUCGUUUGACGAUGCCCAACAUACAGGUCAGCCACGGUGGUGACUACGUCUGCGAAGCGCUCGGAGUACCCGUGAAUACACCGGGUCGAACAGCUACCGCCCAUGUGACAGUUGAAAAGUACGAAUUAAAUUCUUCAAGACCGAAAGAGGCUUGUAAAUACGACGAAGCUACCUGCAGCAACGGCGAUUGCAUUCCGAAAUCGUCGGUGUGUGACAACAGGAUGGACUGUACGGACGGCAGCGAUGAAUUGAGAUGCAGUCCGCUUGGGUGCGAGCCCAACGAGUUUAGGUGUGCGAGCAAGGAAUGUGUGAGCAAAUUAUGGAGAUGCGACGGUGACAGAGACUGCACUGAUGGCAGUGAUGAAGAAAAUUGCACGCCUUCACCCCCAGGCUCGCCCUGCAAGUACAGCGAGUUCAAAUGCACACGUGUCGAUCAGUGCAUUCCGAAGACCUUCCACUGCGACAUGGAGACAGAUUGUAUGGACGGAAGUGACGAGCUAGGAUGCUCUAAGGUAACCAUCCAAAGUCCUCCACCGAUGAUGGUCGAACUAAACGUAGGCGAAACCUUUACGAUAACUUGUACCGCCGUCGGUAUUCCGGUGCCAGAAAUCAACUGGCGAUUGAACUGGGGACACAUACCGGACAAGUGCAAGACUACCUCUGUAAACGGCGUCGGGACUCUGACGUGCCCUAACAUUGCGAUCGAAAACCAAGGCGCUUACUCGUGCGAAGCGAUGAACGGUCUGAGGGGACCAAACGAACCAGGAUGGACGUUCGCAGUCCCCGAUACCAUUCUUGUCGUUAAGAAUCCGGACGGCGUUUGCCCUGCGGGACAGUUCAACUCCCUCGCUCGCUCCCCUGAAGAAUGCAUCUCCUGCUUCUGCUUUGGAGUCGCUACCACAUGUUCGAGCGCCGACCUCUUCACCUUUGUGCUGCAAUCGCCCUUCGACCAGUACAACCUUGUCGCUGUGGACGCUACCAGAGGCACAAGGAUCCAAGGUCGAAUAACCGGUAGAGUGCCGGAGGUUCUUCCAUUCGAUGAAAACGGUGUUCAUGUCACUGACCCGUACCCUGAAAGUAAUGAUUAUGUCGAUAUACCCUACUUUGCAAUGCCGGAAAGCUACCAUGGCAGUCAACUGAAGUCCUACGGUGGAUACCUGAGGUACACCGUCCGACAUGCUGGCCGAGGAAAAAGACCCAAUGGCUUGCCUUCGGUCAUACUCAGUGGUAACAAUUACGUUCUACUACACGAGGCCAAGGAUGUGGAUCGAGUCUACGAGACUGACGAAGCGGUGCGAUUCUUCUACGGAGACUGGCAACUGAGAGAAAACGAUGAGUUGAGAUUGGCAUCAAGAGAGGAGAUCAUGAUGACACUUGCAAAUGUUGAUAACAUCUUAAUUAAGAUCAAAUAUGACGAUGGACCGAUAGAUACUUCCCUCAUAAACAUAGUAAUGGACACAGCUGACGUGGGUAACAUAGACCUGGACGCUGCAUCAUUUGUUGAAGAAUGUCGUUGUCCAGCUGGCUACACGGGUCUCUCCUGUGAAAAUUGUGCAUCUGGCUUUGCGAGACGAAAUAGUGGCCCAUGGCUAGGGCAGUGCUACGAAGAAAGGCUAUCGAUCUGUCCACCUGGCACCUACGGUGACCCAUCAAGAAACAUCCCAUGCCAGACUUGCCCCUGCCCGCUAACUUCGGCAUCUAAUCAAUUCGCUCGAACCUGUCACCUCGACUCGGACGGACAACCGACCUGUGAUUGUGCCCAAGGAUACCUUGGACGUAGAUGCGAACAGUGUGCUCCUGGAUAUCAGGGCAACCCCUCCACCGCUGGUGACAAAUGCGUGAAAGUCAGUGAAUGUGACCCUAAUGGCAGCAUCAGCCCGUAUGUGAACCCUGUAACCGGACAAUGUGACUGCAAGUCGUCUGCAACUGGUCGUACCUGCAACAAAUGCAAGGCCAACACGUUCAACUUGGCCGCCAAAAACGAAUUUGGAUGCACUAGUUGCUUCUGUAUGGGCAUCACUGAAAAAUGUACUUCUUCGAACUUUUACAGAAGCGAAAUCCGCGCAGAGUUUACCAGCUCCAUCCGUGAUUUCUCUUUAGUCGAAUCGCCACGAGAUGGUAAUCAGCCAUCGCCAAUUGUCGAUGGCAUCCGGCUGAAUACCAUACGCCGAGAAAUCGUGUACAACUCUUUUCCCAACAGUGACAAUAACGAAGUUUACUAUUGGCAAUUACCUAGCGAAUUCUUGGGUGACCAGCUCGGCUCCUACGGCGGUAGCCUCGUGUACACAGUGAGAUAUGUUCCGUCCCCAGGGGGUGGAAGAUCCAGAAACAAUGCUGCCGAUGUUGAACUGAUCAGCUCAAACGAUAUCGAACUUCGAUACUAUUCUGCAGCACAAGUAGAACCGAACGAUUCCGUGAAAUUCACGGUACCGAUACAUGAGAAACAUUGGCAGCGAAUCGACGGAACUACCAUUAAUCGAGAGAGUCUUCUCAUGGCUUUAGCUGACGUACAGGCAAUCCGUAUUAAGGCAACGUAUACCACACAUACCGAUGAAGCUGCACUCUCUUCGGUGUCUCUGGAUACCGCGGUAGGCAUAAACAACGGCAGAGAACGCGCGGUUGAAGUUGAACAGUGUAGCUGCCCCGUCGGAUACAAAGGCUUAUCUUGCGAGGACUGCGACGUCGGGUACACCAGAGCCGAUGAGGGAUUGUAUCUUGGCUUGUGCGAGCCCUGCGAAUGUUACGGACAUGCAACCCAAUGCCAUCCGGAAACCGGAGUCUGCGAGUAUUGUCGCGAUCAUACAACCGGACAAAAAUGCGAGUCCUGCGAAUUUGGGUACGAAGGUGACCCAACUCGAGGAACUCCUGAAGAUUGUCAGCUACGAGACUUACCCUCCAGAAACUCAACAAAGUGUAACCCGGCCGGAUCUCUCGGGACCAAUUCUUACAUCGAACAGUGUCCGUGUAAACCUAACGUCGUGGGUCGUGAAUGUGAUCGCUGCCGUGCAUCAACCUUCGGACUAUCCGCCGGUAACCCAGAUGGUUGCAAUGAAUGUUUCUGUAGCGGAGUUUCCCAGGAGUGUCACGAAAGCUCCCUUUAUGUCAUUCAGAAGCCAACCCUUAUUCUCGAUUCCAAUCAUGGCUUUACUCUCACAGACACCGGACGAAGCCAAGUGAUAACGGAAGGAUUCGACAUUCAAACUGCUACAAAUGAGAUCGGUUACCGUUAUCCGGACACUCGGAGCCAGAGACUUUUCUGGUCAUUACCAUCUUUCAUAACGGGUAACCAGAUAAAGAGCUAUGGUGGGAAUUUAAAUCUGACCCAGCGAAUCGCUACCCGUGCCGGCGCACAGAUCGAUAAAGAUCAAGAUGUUGUUCUUAUCGGCAAUGGCAUAACUCUCUUCUGGGUCAAUCCUGAAGAAAUCCAAUCAGACUACUCGCUGACAUACAGCGUGCCAUUAGUUGAAUCAGCAUGGAAACGACUGACGAAGGAUGGUCCGCGUAGCGCGUCUCGUGUGGAUCUCAUGACCGUCCUUGCAAACUUGGAAGCUAUUCUGGUCCGUGCAACGCACAGUCAGGAAAUGAUUGCAACUUAUAUCAGCGAUGUCAGUCUUGACACGGCUGUGCAACACGUGCCAACCAACAGACGCGCUACUCAAGUCGAAGUCUGCCGAUGCCCGUUGGGAUACACGGGAAGUUCCUGCGAAACCUGCGCCCAUGGAUAUUAUAGGAACGAGUACGACAGAUCCCGCAGUAUCCUAGGAUCCUGCAAUCUUUGCCCUUGUAAUGGAAACGAACAAAGCUGCGAACUCGACGGAUACGAUAAUGUCAAAUGUCACUGCUCGCCGCAAUUCAGUGGACCAUACUGCGAAUACAACUUCCCAGACACCACCACGAUCACACCUCCGCCGCCUAAUCCGCCGAGAAUCAUCGUCACGAUCCGUCAGACCGGUCUUGAAAUCGUCGAGGCCGGCACGACAGUCAGAUAUUACUGUUCCGGAAGAUCAGAGGACAGCGACACAAUCGACAUCCAGUGGCAGAAGGAGGAUGGGGAACUGCCGCCUGGUCGAAGCUACGACGACGCUCGUGGUCUUCUUAUUAUCAGAGAUGUCAAGAUCUCCGACAGCGGUGUAUACGUUUGCCAAGUCAGCGACGGAAUCAAUGUCGCCUUCGAAACCGUGUCUCUGACUGUUGAAGGUAACGUAGGUUCGAAGCCAACAAUAUUAAUCAAGCCAAGUUACUUGACGGUCGAAGAAGGGAAUCCUGCCGAAUUCCACUGUGAUUCAUCGGGUGUUCCACAGCCCGAAGUAUCGUGGAUUCGUGUCCGAGGUGAAAUGAAUCCCAGCGCAACCUUUGAAAAUGGUAUUUGGAGACUACCCUCCGCCAGGAAAAGCGACGAAGAUGAAUACAAGUGUAUCGCGCGAAAUAGUGCCGGUACCACCGAACAUCGAACGAUUCUCUACAUCACUGAACGCCGUGAGCCACCACCAGACAGACCAAUUAUUGACCCUAUCGAAUGGGUAGGUGGCCCCACUGAACCUGUCCAACUUGUGUGCACCGCAUCGCUUGAUGCCACAAUCACUUGGACCAGGGCCGGAAACCUACCAUUGCCACCUUCUGCUACCGAACGAGGGGGAGUUUUGACAAUUUACAAUCCUAGUCCCUCCGACUCCGGCAUAUACGUGUGCACGGCAACCAGCUUCCAAGGAGUAACGACUACCAACAACGCGAGAAUAUCAAUCCAAUCAUCGAACGGACCUCCAGCCGUCACAAUUGAACCAGCAAGGCAGACCGUUUUCCAAGGAACAGUAGCUGAAGUCAAAUGUGUCGUGACGGGCAACCCUGCACCUUCUGUUACAUGGACAAAACGCGGAGAACCUCUUGGUGCUCAUAUUCAAAUUGUCGGAAGUACGCUCAGGAUCCUCGAACCGAACGUUUCGGAUCGAGGAAUUUACGUCUGCCAAGCUACCAACAGUGGCGGAAGUUCGCAGGGCAGCGCUGUGAUUGAAAUAGAACCUCGAGAGGCGCCAGUCAUAGCCCUGUACCCGGAGAAGAGGCAACGCGUUCUCGUCGGCGGGUCAGCGAUGUUCGCAUGCCGUGCUGAAAAGGGAAUCCCAACACCAGAGCUCAUCUGGGCUCGAGAGGAUGGCAGACCGUUCAGCUCGAACGUAGAGCAGCUAUCUUCUGGCGUGCUGAGAUUCAGCAACGUUACUCUAGAUGACGGCGGAAGCUUCACUUGUACAGCAUCAAACGCGGUCGGAUCGACCUCUACAAUUGCCGUCCUCGAAAUUAACUCACAACCAGUAAUCACAAUCACACCAUCCAACCGAACUCCUCUGAUAAUCGGAGUUGGCCAGAGAGUGCGGUUCACCUGCAGUGCUACUGGCCAGCCACCGCCCACAGUCGUAUGGAACAAGGGCCCCGGAUAUUCAGGCAUUAGCAGAACCCGCUCGUACGACGCUGUCCAUGAAAUAAGCUCAGUCUCCUUCGAAGAUGAGGGUAUCUACACGUGCACUGCGUCAAAUGGCGAGGGCAUAGCCGAAGAACGCAUCGAGCUUAUUGUAAAAGAUAAUGAAAUAGUCCCACCGUCACCUAACCCGAGUGGCCCUGUAGUGGAGAUUCCCAGCGAGACAAUGAGGAUUCCUGUUGGUGGACGAGCUGAGAUACGCUGUCAGAUAUUCAACGGUGACCGGAAGCUUUAUCUUGACUGGAAGAGGAGUGAUGGCGGAAGUUUGCCAGAAGGAAGCAGCGUGCGCGACGGCACUCUGUCUAUACCUCUUGUGACGAGUAGAGCGGCUGGAGAAUACGUCUGCCAAGGGACGAGCACCACCGGAAGUAUCGAAUUCCAAGCGAGGACUUAUUUAGAAAUCAUAACUCCACCAAGAAUUUUGUUGGAGCCGAUCCGACAGACCGUGAGGCCAGGUGACAGCCCAUUCGUGAAUUGUAGCGCUAUAGGAGAUCAGCCCAUCACUGUUAGGUGGCAAGUCAGUCAACAGGGUCUUUCUAAUCGAGUCAGUCAGACCGACGGAGUCCUCCAAUUCCACGGUAUCACCUUUGAAGAUGCUGGAAAAUAUGUCUGCACAGCAACAAAUCAUGCUGGAAGUGCCGAAGCGGUCGCCGAAGUUUCAGUCACUUCAGAGUACGGGCCUCCUGUCACCAGUACCCAGCGAGACGUUUCCGCAUUCGUUGGCAAUAGCGUACGGCUCGAUUGUCCCCCAUUCCAGAGUCGAUCACUUGUCGAAUGGAGUAGGGAAGGAUCAGAUCUCCCGGCCAACUCGUACAAACGCGAUAAUUAUCUGGAAAUGCCUCAAGUUAGGGCGGAAGAUAGCGGAAGAUAUAUAUGUCGGGUCACUGAUGCUUAUGGAGUAAGAAGCGAGAAUUACGUCAAUUUACGAGUCGAAUUGUACGGAGCGUUGUGCAGCGAUACCGAAAUCCAAUGCAGAAGCAACGAAUGCAUUGACAAGCGCUAUCUCUGCGACGGCUUGAUCGACUGCAUGGACGGGAGCGACGAGCGAUUCUGCAAUAACAGACAAUAUCGUCACUAUCCACCAUGGCAACGCGCUCGAGCACCACAGAUCUCCCUCCGCAUACGAGCUACUAGUGAACUCGUCAACAUCGGAGAUACCGUCGAUUUACGGUGUGAAAGCUCCGGUGGUCAAGACGUGCGCUUCCGAUGGAUCCGACCCACGUAUUCAUCACUGCCACCAAAUUCAAGAGUGGUUGGACCUGUGCUGAGACUUGCGAAUGUUGUUCGAGGUGACAGUGGAGUAUAUCGUUGUAUAGCCGAAACGCGAGAAACGAGUGCCGAACAGGACUACAAUCUCAUAGUUCAAGGUGGGAACAACGAUUCACCAGCUGUAGAAACGACAGCUGUGCCGUAUGGAGCGGGAUUCUCGAUGGAUUGCAAGGGUGACAUAGAACCACCGGUUGCAUUCGAGUGGGCUAAACUUGGAGGUAUUUUGCCGAACGAGAGUAGAAAACAGAAUAAUCACCUUACACUGGUGAACGUGAAAGCCGAAGAUGCGGGCACGUACAUCUGCACCGCGAGCAACGGCCAAACGAGCGUGGAAAUACUGCAAAUCCUGGUUGUGACUGGCGUGGUGCCGUACUUCAAUCAAGCCCCCGAGAGUUACAUAUCUUUCCGGCCCCUGCAAGAUGCCAUGCUUAAAUUCGAUAUCGAAGUAUCGUUCAAGCCUGAAAUGUACGACGGUAUUAUUCUCUACAAUGCUGAGAAGAGCGACGGCAGUGGAGACUUCAUUGCUCUUUCCCUCGUCGGAGGAUAUCCGGAAUUCAGGUUCAACCUUGGAUCUCGUCCAGCCGUUAUCCGAGCACGGAAUCCUGUCACUUUAGGAAAAUGGCACACAAUCAAGCUCUAUCGUAGCCGGAAAGAGGGAAGAAUGACGAUAGUUGGCGAUCCUCAAAGCCCCUACUCAGGUACCGCCCCAGGCAGGUUGCAAACGUUGGAUUUGAUGGAGCCGCUGUACGUAGGAGGUGUUCCCGACUACCAAAGGGUUGACUCGGAAGCAACGGUAUCCGACGGCUUUGUGGGUUGUAUCAGUAGGCUGGUCAUCGGAUCAAAGGAAAUCGAUUUGAACACCGACCAGUUGGAAAGGGUCGGCACUACUACCUGCGAAACUUGUGUCGAAAAUUCGUGCAGCAAUAGAGGAGUUUGUCAGGAAGCCGCUACCGAAGAAGGUUACAGGUGCCUCUGCCCUGCAGGAUACAGCGGAAACCUCUGCGACAUUGUUGGACAGGCAUGUUAUCCAGGGGCCUGUGGUGAAGGUACAUGCAACGAUAUAGGCGACGGUUUCACUUGCGACUGUCCAAUUGGCAGGGGUGGUCACAAAUGCGAAUUAGACAUGAGCGUUGACGAGCCAGCGUUCUUGGAUAGCAAUGCAUACUUAGCGUACCGAACGCCCAAGGCAUUACGCAAGAUUAAACUAGCUAUGACAUUUAAACCAUCGGACUCGGGCGACGGAAUUCUGAUGUACUGUGCUCAGAACAACGAAGGUUUGGGCGACUUUGUAGCCCUCGUAAUAAAGGACAGACACGUAGAGUUGCGAUUCGACUUGGGCUCCGGAAUGGCGGUGGUAAGAUCGAACCACGUUGUGCAGCCAGGAAUUUGGCUCCACGUAAGGGCGAGCAGAGACUUCAAAGAAGGGAAACUGUCCGUCAACGGAGAGGCCCAAGUCGAGGGAAGGUCGCCAGGUUCUUCGAAAACCAUGAACCUCGACACUCUCUUGUACAUCGGAGGGGUGAACAGCCGCAGGGUUGCGAUAAACAGGAACGUGGGAAUCGACAAGAACUUCCGAGGCUGCAUAAGCAAGUUCGACAUCGCGGGGCAGAACAUCGACAUUCUCAAGUCAGUCGUCGAAUCGUCCAACAUCCGAGAUUGCGUGGGAAAAUAUUCAAAUCAUACCGAUUUCCCGCCGUACGAAACAACACCGACUCCCACAAGGCCGCCAACCUCGCCGUCAACGACGCAGUUCGAUCCCUGCGUCUCGAAUCCGUGCGUUCACGGAGACUGCCAACAGACGGAGACCCUCGACUAUUCCUGCGUUUGCGAAUACGGAUACGUUGGUAGAAACUGCGAGAACGUUUUGAAGCAGUGCGAAUUGCUGAACCCCUGCAAAAACGCGGGAACGUGCACCGAUCUUCACGGGGGUUACAAAUGCGACUGCCGGCUCGGUUUCAACGGACUCCAAUGCGAAAUUCCCGUUGAAAUAGCAUCGGACGUGGCUUUCCGCGGCGAUGGCUGGCUCGAACUCGAGAGGUCGGUGAUGACCCACGAAGAAGAGAAGGAAGUCCUGGGAUUCGAAAUCUCCACGAACAAAAGCACCGGCCUGAUCAUGUGGCACGGACAGACGCCGGCGGAUCUCAGGCCCGAUGAUUACAUAUCGCUUGCUGUCGUCGACGGGUACGUCGAGUAUCAGUACGACCUUGGAUCGGGACCCGCGAAGAUCAGGGUAACGACCCAGCGGGUGGACGACGGGGAACGUCACAGGAUCGUCCUGAAGCGUCAGGGAAGCGAGGGCAGCAUCGAGCUGAACGGUGAGCAUACCGAAAGCGGGGGGAGCGACGGUCUUCAGCAACUCCUCAACGCCAGAGGCAGCGUUUACCUCGGCGGUCUGCCGGACUACGCGAUGAGUUACGGCCGGUACCAGGACGGGUUUUCCGGGUGCAUCUACACCCUCGAGGUCCAGGACUCGGGGGCGAUAUACAUCGGCGACGUGGCGAUCAGAGGAAGGAACGUUUACCCGUGUACCAGCGAUCCCGACAGCGUUCCGAAAAGAGGUGAUAUCUAAAAGUUCGCGUCCAAAGAUGAAUGAAAGUAAGUCUCCGCGAUUGAGAGCCGAAGGAUCCGAACUUUGAGUCCCAAGGUGACGAUCGGGAAACCGGAUGAGAAGCGAAAAAAAGAACAUCGAUGGUACUCAUCUUCUACGUGGUGGAGGGAAGGAACUGAUUCGGAUUCUCUUGCUCUCGAUGAGCGAUGAUUAAUUAGUAUUAAGGAACAAAUAGGAACGAAGGCUUUAUACAUACAUACACGAUACUUACAUGUACGACAUGUAUAUAGUUAUACUAAUGUAAUACCAUAUGUAGCAUUGUAAUUUUGUAUUAUUAUAGUCUUUUUGUACCACCUUAUUUAAGACAUAAUAGUACUAUUUGGUUACCGAUUA